AUGAUUCUCCUGUUGCCGAUAGAAAUCAUCUGCGGGAUUGUGGAGCAGUCCACACUCAAAACUCAAGCAUCGCUAUCCCGGUCUUGUCGCCUCCUGCAUAAGAUUUGCAACCCUAUCCUGUACGAAAAUGACGUAAAGAACUACAACUCUACCUCUGUGUUCCAUGCUCUCGUUCGCUCUCCAAAUCAAUCCGUUGCUUUGAGGACCCUGACGGCUGCCAGAGGUGCGGGGGCUUGCUUAACUUGCUGUCAAGACGCGAAAAAACACCACCCCUUGUCUUUGUUUCGUCUAGAUACCACACUUUUCUCCCCUCUCAAGCUAGCUGCAAGAAGGGGACUAGAUCACGUUGUGUCUUAUUUUAUCGAUGAGGGUCUGCCUGUGGACGGCGCCGAUUGGACCGACUCAUUUCGAAAGACGCCUCUUAUGGAAGCGAUUCGCUGCUGGCAAGAGUCAACGGCGAUUCUCUUGGUUCAGAACGGUGCCUCUAUAGGUCGCCAACCAUUCGAAAGCGAGGCGUUCCAAGCAGCGAUUCGAGAGGAUCUGCCCAAGCUCGCAGUUGUCAUAAUCGAGCGGUACGGCCUGGACGUAAAUGCUGAUAUUGGCUACGGAUGCACACCACUAGUCCUGGCUGCUUCCUACAGGAGAAAGUCGAUGGUUAUCGCCCUGUUGGAGAAAGGUGCCAACGUGAUGCCAACGAUGAGGAGGUUUGGUAAAGAUCACGCAUUCGUGUCCAUUCUAUGGAUACUGGAAGCAGGCCUGACAACUUUGCGCGAAUCCAUGACUUUUGAUAAUGUCAUGGAGUUGAUUGUUUUGCUUGCGAAUCAACAAGGGGCCACUGUUCAGAGAAAUCAGCGGUUGCUGGCCAUUGAAGCAUUUCUCAAAUUACUGGACGAAGCUAGAAACGGGAUCUGGUGCAUGACUGUCCCUAAGAGAGAGGACAUCAACUGUUUCUUAGAUGCUCUGCUGCAAACAGCGUUGUCAGUAGAUCGAGCGGAUACGUCUCUUGCCAUUCUAUUGACUAGGUGGGGUGCAUCCAUCCAGCCCGUUGUUCUUUUGCAAUUGUUGGAGGUCUUGGAGUUAUCAACCUUUGAUGUUGAUGUGUUGCGUUGCCUUCGGCGUCACCCUACUUUGUUGCAGUGUUUUGAUUUUGUCUAUACUCGUUGCUCGUCCCCCUCCAGUCAAUCGAACGACCUGGUGGAGAAAUUCUUCCUCAAGCAUGUGCCCAACAGUGCCGUGCAACUCCUCGAGACAUUGAAGCGAUACGAUCUUCCGUUAACAGUUCGGGGAGUCGAGAUAUUGCACGCGGAAGUCUUGGGAGCAACAUGA